UCCCCGUCGCGAUCCGCCAGUUAGCCUCUUUUCCUAGCCGAACGAGAGAACGAGAUAGGAAGAGAGAACGUGAGAGAAACGUGGCAGUCGAUCGCGGUAUCGCACGUCGUGCAUCUUCGAGGAUCUUCCCCGCCGAGGAGGGUGCAGCCGCGACCGGGAGCUCCUGAUCCCGAGAGACGACACCUCUCUCCGCGAGAAGUGGGUCGCGCCAGAGACCUCGCCCACGCGUGGUCCCCACUUAUCGCGAUCCUAUCGGUUCCAGAAGUCCGUCAGUGGCGCAUCGCGCACGUCCUCGGGAGGAUCGCCCCGUCGGAGAACAGCGGUGGACCGUCGUCGUUUGUCCCGUGGACGACGAGAGCACGUCGGUUAACACGAGCGAGCGUGAUCACAUCCUCCGCGCCGUCUGUCGACCGGACAGAGAUCGACGCGACAGCGUUUACUGAGGGUGAAGCAGGAGCGAAUCAUCCCCCGCUGCUGUGAGAGAGGACGCUGAGCGAGGAUGCCCGGCGCCGGUGGUCAGCCACCGCAGAGGACCACCUUCCGACCGCCGUGGGUCAAGGAUGGCCCGAACCCGCUGCCCAUGCCCACCGCGCCCUGGACCCUCAACGCCCGCAGGGACUCCAAGCCGAAGACCGAGGACGUUCCGGCCUUCACCCAAGUCACCUUGAAGAGCGUGCCGAAGCCCGCGGAGCCGGCCACACCUUCGACAGAUGGACCGCGUAAACAGAGCAAAAUCACGAUAAUACCGAAGCAGCCGAAUGAAAAGAUCAAUGAAAAGAUCCCGAGCGGCCGACCGGUGCCAGCGAAGCCGCGCGAGAAUGGACGACAGGAGCCAAAUUCGAGGCCGCAGCUCGAACGACAGAUCCGCGUCGAGAGAUCUCGAUCACGGGGUGACAUUAUACCACUCUCGAAGAGUGAGAGCACCACAGGUGCACCAACUUUGUCGAAGAGCUCGUCGCGAGCGAACUUUCCGCCACCGCCGCCCCCGCGACCGCCGCCACCGCCGCCCAGUCGUACGAUUCUCAAGGACCUGCCGACCCUGAACGACACACAGAUGCAGAAGCUGGAGGCAUUGAAGUCCAGGCCGAGGAAACGGCCGGACUGGGCCUGCAUGAUGAAGGAGGUGGAGAGCGGCAAGACGCUCAAGCACGUCAAGUGCAACGACCGCAGCGCGCCCCUGAUCGAGAGGGUGAACAAGGUCACGGCCGAUCCAGCAGGCAAGGCCCACUUCGUAUUCGAAUCAGAAAAGUCGAACAUGCACAAUCAGCUGCUGAAACAGAUCCAGGAGGGCGUGAAGCUCAAGACCGUGAGGACGAAUGACCGCUCGAAGCCGAUGCUGGAGGGACUGAGGAAAUUCCGGCGACAAAUGACCAUCGAGGAGCAAAUUCAAAAGGCCGAGGAGGCGCCCGUGGAUGACGUUAUAAUUCAGGACGAGAUGGAUGACAUUGAUGCCGUUAGGGAUGAUUUGCAAAGCACCAAGCAGAUGCUCGCGAUGGAACUUAGAAACAAAGAAACCUUAGAACGAGACAAUAAGCGACUGCAGGCACGAAUUUUGAAUCUCGAGGCAGAAGUAGAACGUGUUAAGCUACAAAAUAAUACCCAAGAAAACAAGCAACAGGACGUGAAACUCAUGGAAUCUUUGAGACAGGAAGUGCAGCAAGCGAGAAAAGAUGCGGAGAAAGUGGAGAAGGAAUUCACCAACGCCGCCGAGGAAAGAGACAAGGCUAGAAACGAGUUAGAAGAGAUGAAAAGAAUGUACGCGGCGUUAGAAAAGCGUAUGAAGGCUGAAGAAGAGCUUACGUCAGUUGAAGCUGAACCGAUAGUGGAGUUAGCGGAGGACUGGGAAAACGUGGGAUGGUACAAUGUUGUAGGAAUGGCACUGGCUGGUUGUCCGAGCGCAAAGGACGUAGCCAAGAUCGCGACGCAAAAGAGCAUAGACAAACAGGAUGUUCGCAGUGAGAGCGAGGAGGAGGAAGAGAGUACGGAAGAGGAAGAGGAAGACGAGGAUCCUAAAGCCGGAGCGGAGAAACGCGCGCAAAGGGAGAUCAAGCUUCUCAUUUCGAAAAUUAAAAAUUUCAAAGACAAGGCUGUAAACGCCAGGAAAGAGAGGCACGCGCUGAAGGAGCAGAUCAAACAGCAGCAGAAAUUAUUGAGAGAAGAAAAGAAGAAAUACAAGCAGCUGCAGAAGCAAGUGGAUAAGAUGGCAAAACUGAUGGGGGAUACCGACGACGACGAGGAAGAAGAAGUGGAAGAAGAGGAGGAGGAGGAAGAGACGGAGUCUGAGGAAGAGUCGGAAUCUGAAGAAUCGGAGGAAGAGGAGUCCGAGUCUGACGACGAUCAAGCACCGGUCGAGAAGCGUAAAAGCAUUUUGCAAAAACACGUGAAGCAGCAUGAGGGACGACUGGCAGCCUUGAAAAAGGGCAAUUAUCUGCUGAAAGCGCAAGUAGACAGGAUCAAGGACAGUCUGAUAAAGCAGCGAGAGAAUAGUCUCAGCUUGCAGGAGGAUCUCGAUUCUGUCUUAGCCGAACUAGGUUAGACUCAACCAUUGCGGCAUAAGCAAAGAAUAUUUCCACAUGCAGAGAUUGUAUCGUAUACAAAUAUGCACAAACAUGCAUAACGAAUAUUACACAUUGAAAUAUAGACAAUUGUAUGUUACACACAUAAUAUUUUUUAAUAAAUUAUUAUUGACCGAA